UGUUUAAGGGAAUGAACCAAGCUUCGGCACCUGGUACACACUGCUUCAUGAUAAGGAACCGGUCGAGUUCCACACACGAUUUGCAUUGUUGUUGUCAGAAGUAACCGCUAAUCUCGUGUUUUUUUUUUGUGGUAUCGGUAUUUUGACAAACGAUGGAGGCAUCACAUACAUACCAAAUACGACCGAAUCAUCAGAACAAGUUUAAGGCAGCUGUUGUGAAGACAUGUAUUCAUGAAAUUGUGAGAGAGCGGCUACCUGGACUACGGUAUGACCCAGAGGAAGUCCCACAGUUGUCUUGUUCUCUGGCAGAGUAUAUUAAGGACAAAGUGAAGACUUUGGGGUUUGACAGAUAUAAGCUGGUUGUGCAGGUGGUGAUUGGAGAACAACGUGGACAAGGGGUCAAGAUGUGCUCCAGGUUCUUGUGGGAUGCCGACACAGACAAUUAUGCAGAAGAUGUUUUCACGAACGAAAGUCUGUUCUGUGUGGCGGCUGUUUUCGGAGCAUAUUACUACUGAAGACAUGCUGGAUGGCAUCACUGGCACUUCAGGCUGAAGUAACUAUAUUUCACAUCAUAUGUUAAUACAGAAAAUUUUCACAU